GCACAGACGAGGGAGGCGCGUUCAGCUGACAACCUCGCAGGGGGUAACUUCACUUCUCUUCCCCCGGACUUAAGCCGACUUUUAUGGAAACAAGUAAAAUGCACUGCUUCUCUGGAAGUUUUACAAGUUUACUUUGAGCCAACACGGCUUGGAGUAGGUAGCAGCGCGGCUUCUGUUUUUUGGGAAUGCGUCCUCCUCGAUCUGCCAGGAAAGAGCAGAGAGGGACAGCUCACCUCCGGAGACAUGUACUGGACAUUUAUGGACUGGAAAAUACUGAUGUCCAUUGUUCUUCUAUGGGACCAGCUUCAGGGUUUGGAGCUACGUCCUACAAGAUGGCCUCUGUAUUCCCAAAAGCCCCUGGUCCUGGCCUGGAACGCCCCAACUGAGGACUGUGUCCCCCGGCAUGGAGUGCGACUUGAGUUGGACUUGUUCCAAAUUGUUGCCACACCCAAUGAAGCUUUUUUCAGACAAAACCUUACCAUCUUUUAUAAGGAUAGGCUUGGUUUAUACCCUUAUUUUGAAGAGGACAAAACCCCAGUGAAUGGAGGGUUGCCUCAGGUGGCUAAUCUCACUCAACACCUUCAUAAGAUGCCAGAGGUGGUGGGAAAAUACAUUCGGGAGGCAAACGCUAAAGGACUGGCUGUUAUUGACUGGGAAGAAUGGCGUCCGCUUUGGAUCAGAAACUGGGAUGCUAAAGACAUUUACCGCAAACAGUCAAAGGAGUUAGUAAGACAGAGAAACCCAACAUUGCCAGAUGAGCAGGUGUUCAAAGUUGCACAGCAAGAAUUUGAGUCAUCAGCAAGGAAAUUCAUGUUAGAGACGUUAAAAGCAGCCAAAAAAAUGAGACCAAAUCAACUAUGGGGUUUUUAUCUAUUCCCAGACUGCUACAAUCAUGAUUAUAGGAGGACUUUGGAGAAUUACACUGGUCGCUGUCCGGAUGUAGAAGUGGCCAGGAAUGAGCAGUUGAAGUGGUUAUGGGAGGAGAGUACUGCCCUUUUUCCUUCUAUCUACAUGGGCAAGGUUCUGAAGUCUUCACGCUCCGGGCAGCAGUUUGUGAGGAACAGAGUGAAGGAGGGCAUGCGCUUGGCUUCGUCCGGAGAGGGGCUAGCCAGACCUGUGUUUGUGUACACCAGGCCCACCUACGCUAACUCACCGGACCCACUGACAGAGACUGACCUGGUGUCCACCAUCGGGGAGAGUGUGGCUUUAGGAGCGGCUGGUAUUAUCCUGUGGGGGGAUGUGGCCUACGCAAGCAGCAAAACAAGCUGUUCCGAGCUUAAGGCCUAUCUCCAGGAUCCACUGAGCAAAUACUUACUGAAUGUUACUACGACGGCCGAGCUCUGCAGCCAGACCCUCUGUGGCUCUCACGGCCGAUGCCUGAGACGAAACCCGGACAGCGAUGUUUACCUGCACCUCAGCCCCCUCACUCAUGCCAUCACGAAACAAAAUGGCCGAUGGGUAGUGACCGGAGAGCUGGAUGAAGCGGAGAAGAUGAGAUUUGAGAUGGAUUUUCUGUGCCAGUGUUACAGCGGGUAUCAGGGAGAAACUUGCAAGCAGACGGACCCAAUGCACCAAAAAGGAAAUGCAAUCAGGGCUAAAGCUUCAAUUUUACAAUGUGCUUUGUUGUUAGUAUUUUUUCUAAUUCUCUCCUAAUGCUUUUCUUUUUUGGGAGUUGUUAUCAUUGCAAAUCAUGUGCUCCUGAGUGCAAAGAGCAUAAUUUAUAUACAGUACAAAAAGGGAUAUCUAGACUCAUUGAUUAAAUUACUUGAACUCAAAUCAAUCUGGAUUUUAGAACUUAUGACUAAGUACAUUACACUCCACGUUACACUUGUUUUGUGGUUUUCUAGUUUUGAGAUUUAAGGAAAAAAUGCUAUAGGUAAGACUUUUCUACCCUGUUAGCAAAUAAUGUGCCUUGAAAAAAUAAGCCAUGUUUUUCUCAAGGUACAUCAAAUAGUUCAUCUAUUUUCAAGAUUACAAUUUAGAAUUUGAGUAACUUUAACCAGUGUUAAAUUCAUGCAGUUAAGGCUGUGACUGUUGAAAAGCAUUGCUUCAAAAAUGCCAGACUUCUUUCCUGCCAAAAUCAUUCUUUCAGGAAACUAUUUAGUCAUUUGCAAAUUGAGCUGGCAUGAUUGUUUUAUGCCAGAUGCCUUACCUUUUAUAUAAUUUAAAUGAGCUUGGAAAUGAUUGUGAUUUUCUGUGAUUUUCUUUAGCGUUUCCUUUCUGGGGUUGUUGGCAAACCAUCUUAUGUGCAGGGACUAAACUGACACCAGGUUUUAUGCCAGAUGCCCUCCCUAAUUUGCUAUUAAACAAUAAGAAGUACCCAGAUUUGUGGAUAGGUGCAUCUGUCAGUCUUUUUUUCUUAGCUUUCCUGUCAAGUUACCACAACAAACCAUUGGCCACCAUUUGUGCAUUGAUUUGCAUAAUGUGUUUAGGAUUUUUUUUUUUUUUUAACUCCAGAUGACCUUCCAGCAUCCAUCUAUUUAGUUUUGAGGCUGCCACAAAGAGUACACUGGUUUUAGAGGCCCUCAUCUCUUAUUAUAUUCUACCUUUUCACCAUUGCUGUAUAAAGUAGGAUUUUAUUAGAUGAAUUUUAAGGAGUUGUGGAGGCCUUUGUAAAUUUUCUUUGUACAAAUCCUUUGUAAACUUUGAGGGGCCUUGCUGGAAAUUACUGUUUACAUUGACUUCCUGUCAGUCACUGUUUCCAAAAGUGUCAAAUUCCACUUUUAUUAUAUAUAGAACGAUUUCAAAUAGGAUGUGAUGUACUCGUGUGAGUCUGUGUGCUAAAUGUAAAAAAAAAAAGUGCACUUAAAUCAAAACACAUUCUAGUUAAAGUGCCUCAUAGGAUAUAAUGAACAAAGACAUGAGCAGUAUUAUUUAUUUUGAAUGUAAUUUUAGAUUUUCUUAAUAUUUUCAAAUCAUGACUACUAUUUGCUCUAUUUGAAAGUGAUUUUUACUGAUUUUUGGACUUGCACCAAAGAAAUAAACAUAUCUUUACAGGUUUUGUUUUGCCUUUGAAAUGUCAUGUGAAUCUGUGUGAAUUGUGAGGGGGAUGUGGCUGGAAAGUGAAUGCAAUACGACCAGAACUGUAGGUUUCUAUUACAUUAUAUGACUGUUAUUUGAAUGUUGCUAUGGUGAUGGUCACAUAAGAGAUUGAAAAAGCCUUCUCAUUAUAGACUGGGAUUUAAGUACUUGACUGACAAACCUUCACUUCAAUUUACUGUCACAUUAAUUCUUUUUGUGAAAUUUUAUGUUCACAAAUGUGUGAAAACUAGCAGCAGUAGCCCUUGU